CAGUGCCCUGAUGAUCGGUGCCCAGCAGUGCGCCCACUAGCCCCGCCCACACCGUGCCCAGCAGUGCCCCCACCUGUGCCCAGCAGUGCCCCCACCUGUGCCCAGCAGUGCCCCCCACCUGUGCCACUCUGCAGUGCCACCUACCUGUGCCACUCUGCAGUGCCACCUACCUGUGCCCAGAAGUGCCACCUACAUGUGCCCAGCAGUGCCACCCACCAGUGCCACCCACCUGUGCCCACCAGUGCCGCCCACCAGUGCCGCCCACCAGUGCCGCCCCACCACCAGUGCCGCCAGUCAGUGCCCAGAAGUGAUGCUAAGUCAGUGCCGUCUAUCAGUACCCAUCAUCAG